AUGGGAAAGGAGAAAGUAAGGAGUUGGGAGAAGAUGAAGAAACUUCUCAAACAAAAAUUCUUGCCAACUUACUAUGUGCAAGAAAAUUUCUCAAAAUUCCAUCAUCUCAAUCAAGGAAGUAAAACAGUUGAAGAAUAUGCAAGGGAGUUCGAGGCUUACAUCAUGAAAUGUGAUGUCUUGGAGGAUGAACCUCAAACACUAGUGCGAUUCUUAGGAGGUUUAGACCCUUCUAUUGCAAAUGUGGUUGAGUUGCAUUCUUACUCAACCUUAGAAGAGCUAGUUCUGUUGGCUCACAAAGUGGAACGUCAAAACAAAAACAAAUCCAAAGUGGUGUAUUUCGAUGACAUUUUGGUGUAUAGCAAGAAUGAAUUGGAGCAUGUUGAUCAUUUACACCAAGUGUGCGAAGUUUUGGAGAAGGAACAACUCUAUGGAAACCUUGAGAAGUGUCAUUUCUUCUCAAAUCAGGUUGCCUUUCUUGGCUUCCUUGUUUCACAUGAUGGCAUUGAAGUAGAUGAAAAGAAGGUGCAAGCCAUUAGAGAAUGGCCAUUCCAGUUCCAUCCAACAAGUAAGAAGUUUCCAUGGCUUAGCUUCCUUUUACAGGAGGUUUGUUCGAGAUUUUAG